ACAUCACAUCUUCCAGCCCCUCUCUCUCUGGCACCUUUGCUCCAGUUCUCGCCGAGGAGGCGCAAACACAGUUUCUCGCUAUCCUCCUUCAGCGCUCGUAAAAAGGGGCAGGACCGCAGUAAAAGGGGAAAAGGAGGAAAAACAUUGACAGGAUGAACAACAGUUUCCUAAGCAUGGCGUCGAUAGUAGAUUUCGACCCGCUCAACCCUUCUGUUCCUGCCACCAAAGUUGAAAUCACGGUGUCCUGCAGAAACCUGCUGGAUAGGGACACCUUCUCCAAAUCAGACCCAAUAUGUGUACUCUACACACAAGCCAUGGGCAACAGGGAGUGGAGAGAGUUUGGCAGAACAGAGGUGAUUGACAACACGCUAAACCCAGACUUUGUUCGGAAAUUCAUUCUGGACUACUUCUUUGAGGAGCGACAGAACCUCCGGUUUGACCUGUAUGAUGUCGAUUCGAAGAGUGCCAACCUGUCGAAACACGACUUUCUCGGCCAAGCCCACUGUACUCUGGGAGAGAUAGUCGGAUCGUUGGGCAGUCGCUUGGAAAAACCUCUUGGAGGCAUUCCAGGGAAGAAAUGCGGGACCAUUAUUGUGAAAGCUGAGGAGCUGAACAACUGCAGGGAAUCAGUGAUGAUGCAGUUCUGUGGAAACAAGUUGGACAAAAAGGAUUUCUUUGGCAAAUCCGACCCCUUCCUGGUCUUCUACAGGAGCAACGAGGACGGCACGUUUACCAUCUGCCAUAAGACAGAGGUGGUGAAGAAUACACUGAACCCUGUUUGGCAGGCUUUUAAAAUCCCUGUUCGAGCUCUUUGCAACGGUGAUUAUGACAGAACAAUCAAGAUCGAGGUGUACGACUGGGACAGAGACGGCAGUCAUGACUUUAUUGGAGAAUUUAGCACCAGCUACAGAGAACUAUCCAGAGGACAGAGCCAGUUCAACGUCUAUGAGGUGGUAAAUCCAAAGAAGAAAGGAAAGAAGAAAAAAUACCUCAACUCUGGAACAGUAACCCUCCUGUCAUUCCUGGUGGACACUGAAGUCACCUUCCUGGACUACAUCAAAGGAGGGACCCAGAUUAACUUCACCGUGGCCAUCGACUUCACAGCUUCCAAUGGUAACCCAGCCCAGCCCACCUCACUCCACUACAUGAGCCCCUACCAGUUGAAUGCCUACGCCAUGGCUCUGAAGGCAGUCGGAGAGAUAAUUCAGGACUACGACAGUGAUAAGAUGUUCCCUGCACUUGGCUUUGGAGCCAAACUGCCACCCGAUGGACGGGUGUCCCAUGAGUUUGCUUUGAACGGGAACCCUCAGAACCCAUAUUGUGCAGGGAUUGAUGGUGUAAUGGAAGCCUACUACCAGACUCUUAAGUCUGUUCAGCUUUACGGCCCCACUAACUUCUCUCCUGUUAUCAACCAUGUGGCCAGAUACGCAGCAUCUGUGAAGGAUGGCUCCCAGUACUUUGUGCUCCUCAUCAUCACAGACGGGGUCAUCUCAGACAUGGCCCAGACCAAGGAAUCUAUUGUCAAUGCCUCCUGCCUGCCGAUGUCAAUUAUCAUUGUGGGAGUAGGGCCUGCAGAAUUUGAUGCCAUGGUUGAAUUAGACGGUGAUGAAGUCAGAAUCUCUUCUAGAGGAAGAUACGCCGAGAGGGACAUUGUUCAGUUUGUCCCGUUCAGGGACUACAUCGAUCGUACGGGGAACCACAUCCUAAGCAUGGCCCGGCUCGCCAAAGAUGUCUUGGCUGAGAUUCCAGACCAGUUCCUCUCCUACAUGCGGACCCGUGGGAUAAAGCCUUCACCGGCGCCGCCUCCAUACACACCACCUGGGCAACCCAUCCAAACCCAGAUCUGAGGAGCAAGGCUGGAAAAGGUUUUGGAGUCAGGGGUUCGCUGAACUUGUCACGCGAAAUACUUCCAUUUCCUUAAAGCCGCUCUCCAUGCCUUGUGGUUGUGGAUCACAGUGGUCUUUCAUGUGUUCAGAAAGCUGCAUGCCGGGCCAGGAGAGUGACGCUUUUGAGGGCAGGAAAAGAAGAUGAGAGUCUGUUUACUUCCACUGUCAAGCAUUCCUGUCAUUGUUUUGAUUUUUUUUUUUUACCUGCUUAUUUUAUGCUUGGAAAGAUUUUGGAGAAAGUUCAGAGAGUCUCAAUUCAAAUUGUGGCAGAAAUAAGAAAAAAGGAAAAGCAGUAUAAAAUGGCUGAUCUUACUUUUUAAAGAGAAUGUCUCCAGACAAAUGAAGGAGUUACAUGAUCUUAAAUGAGCAGUAAUUUCACUUGUAAAUAACUGGACAUAUAUAACUUCUUUCUUUCUCUUUCUCUCCAAAUCACUCAUUGUUUACAGUAAAUGCUAACGAGGAUUUUUACUGUUGAUACUUUUAUAUAGUUUCAAUAUGAAGCUUGUAAUACUCUCUUUCUUUCUUUCUCUCUCCUGGCAUCCAUGCCAGGUAGCAGCAGUGCAGGUCCUGGUAGCCCUUCUGUACCGUACUGUACUGUGCUGUACUGUACCGUACUGUAUUCUAGUGUUUGUAUUAAACUUUUGCAUGA